AUGCUUUCCUCACUAAUCGGUCCCGCUGUAGACCCCUCUUCCAAUGUCGAGAAUCUUAAGGCGUUGGAUAAUCUCCCUGUUGCUUUUGUUGAAGUCGAGCGCCGUCGCGUGACGAAAGAUGGACGCGUAAAACUCAAAUUGUCGCUGAUGGGCGUUUCAGUUGAUCGAUGUGGCGUGUGUCUUAGCCAGUUCAAAAAGAAGGAUCAGGGGGUCUUGUUACCUUGUCAACAUGCUUUUCAUAUUAAAUGCGUGCAUACCUGGCUGCUGCACAAUAUGACAUGCCCAUCGUGUCGAACUUCUAUAUCCCAUAAUUUGACAUAA